CAUUUCAUCUCUCCCAAUUCAAUCACUCUACACAGAGAAGAAGAUGGAAGAUAAUCAACAGUUCCAUGAAGAUCUACCUGUCUGUCCUAGCUUUAGCAGCUACAGUACAAGUAAAUUUGCAGAUAUUGCCGAUAAAGUUGCCAAAGAAGUUAAUCGCGACGACGAAGUUCUGUCCAUCGAUGAUGAUGAUUCCGAUCUCGAUUUCUCGUUCGUUCGAUGCGAUGAAGGUAUUAUUAUUCGCAGGGACGCCGAAUUUACUCACGCAUUUCCAAUUUUCAAUAGCGAUCUUCCGAUUCGUGUAAAUAAGGAAUCCGAUAUCUCGACUCUGAACGUCUCCUUGAAAAAACUGUUUCUAGACGAAGAUGAAGAACACGAUCCUCCUUCUUCGUCUUCGUCGUCAUCGGAAACCGAUGAAUUGGAAACGAUACCGCCGGAAAGUUACUGCGUAUGGAAGCCGAAAGAAGUGGAAGCAUCUCCGAUUACAUGUAAGAAGAGCAGAUCGACUGGAUCGGGAUCAAAACGAUGGAAACUUCGAGAUUUACUUUAUAACCGAAGCAAUAGCGAUGGUAAGAGUGCGUUCAUAUUUCUAAAAGAGAAACAGAAAUCUUCAAAGGUGGAGAUGAUCUCGGAUCAGAGAUUGAAACAGGUGAAGGAGGAGAAGAGAGUUCCAUCAUCAUCAUCAUCAUCUUCUCCGGCGGCGAGCUAUAUGCAAUUAAUUUACACAAGAAAUCGAGCGAUUAAAGAAAGCGAGAAAAGGAAAACGUAUCUUCCUUACAAGAGAGAUCUGGUUGGAUUCUACACUACUGUAAAUGGAAUUGGAAGAGGCUUUCCUGCUUUCUGAAUUCCGCGUUCUAAUGGAAAGGAGAUCGACGAUGAGCGUUCUUACAGAUCGCCGGUUUGAUCCUCCUUCAUCUUUAUUAUUUAUUGUUUAAUUACAGAAGAAAGAAAGUCAACAAUUAUAAUUAUUAAUGAAGCAAUCUUUCUUUAGAUAUGCUUAAUUAUAUCUGAGAGCUUGUUUUA